AUGGACGAGAACCCGACCCUGACCCCGGCAGCUGCCCGGCUCAAAGGCGCCGUCUCCGCGGCCAGCUCCGCCAUCAGCGCCCCGCUUCCGGGGAACCUUCGGCGCGCAUUCACGGCGUCGGCCGCCGUCGAUGACGCACGGCGUUCACGUCCAUCUAUCCAACUGCAUAGCCCCUUCGCUGAAGCUUCGUCGCCGACGGGUGAGGCAUUUCCGCGCCGCAGCUCCAACUUCUCCGAGUACAGCCUCAGCGAGGCUCGCGACCUGCUGAAUCCGCAGCCCAUGGGCCGCGCUGGCGACCAACUGACCACGAGCGACUCGUCCUCGCUGGCAUCGCUGUCGUUGGCAUUUGCCCUUCUUCCUGCCCUCGCGGGCGUACUGUUUAAGAAUGGCAGCGCCGUGGUUACAGAUAUUAUGCUCCUGGGCUUAGCUGGUGUCUUCCUGCACUGGUCCGUGACACAGCCAUGGACUUGGUACCAUUCUGCACAAGAAGUGCGCAUCCAGCAGGAAGCAAACCCCGACACUGCCAUCGAGGACGAUAGCGACUCCGAGUCUGCCACCCUGGCGCCAGCGCGUCACUCCUCGCUUGACCAUGUCCCCGAGGAGGAGGCGACUCAGCCCGAGGCUGAAGGAAAGGCAACAAGGAAGCGACCCACGGCGCAGCAACAGUCGGCAUUGGCGGAGCUCUACCUUUACGAGAUCCUGGCCCUGGCUUCGUGCUUCAUGCUCCCCCUCAUCGGCGCCUACAUGUUGCAUGCGAUCCGGUCGCAGCUCAGCCGGCCAUCCGAAGGUCUUGUUUCCAAUUAUAACCUCACUAUAUUCCUGCUGGUAUCGGAGCUGCGCGUGUUCUCGCACAUGAUCAAGCUGGUCCAGUCACGGACCCUUCACUUACAGCGAGUCGUGCAGGGGAACCACAACGGGUUCUCGACAACACACAAUGCAGAACAGCUGGAAGCUGUCCUCUUGCGGCUGGAAUGUCUUGAGUCACGUCUCACUACCGAGGAGAAUCCAGCUGUGUCGGCAGGAAAGUCGGACACAGUCAAAGCAAAGCAGGAGAGUGCCAUUGCCCGGGAUGUGCGGAACGCCAUCCAACCUGAACUCGACGCUCUCAACAGAGCUGUGCGUCGCUACGAGAAAAAGGCAACACUGUUGCAGUUUCAAACAGAGUCACGUUUCGCCGGAGUAGAUGCAAGACUUGAGGACGCCAUAGCACUGGCCGCGAAUGUUGCAAAGAAUAGCGCGUCACAUCGAAACAUAUUCCUAUGGACCAUCGAGGCCCUCAUCGCCGUGGUUCUCCUGCCUUUCAAGGCGCUCUUACGGAUCCUGUUUCUGCCGCUCAACACACUCUUGGCACUGGCCAAAAAGAACAAGAAGAAGGGAUCCCCGGCGAAGAUUUCACGCAGCAGCCGGAGCGGGAAGGCUGGCACGCAACCCAGGUACAGUGGGGAUCGAGUGCCGACUAGAGUAUCGAAAAAAUAG